CCACAUUCACAAGUUGCAAGUUGCGUUCCAUUCCAUAGCGAGAACAGUCGCGCACCUUUCGCCGCACGUGCCUCGCAGAAAAAAAACACGUUCGAAAUUUAAAAAUUCAAAUUGUGCCAAAGUUCGAAAAGAGGUUGUGUUGUGUGAAACAAAAUGGUUCGCAAAAUUAGUGGGCUCCUGUGUUGUCUCUGCGUUUUCGGCAUCUCAUUGAGUGAUAGCGCCAUAUCAGCUGAUAGCGAACAAAGAUGCAAGAAUCCGCCCACAGCGCCACAGAAGAUAGAAAGAGUCAUCACACUAUGUCAAGAUGAAAUCAAAGUUUCCAUUUUGCGAGAGGCCCUGGACGUGAUCAAGGAGGAGCACACGAUGCCUGCUCAGCGCAGCAGGAACAAGAGAGAAGUUCCAUUCACGCACGACGAGAAACGGAUCGCUGGGUGCCUCCUACAAUGCGUUUACCGAAAAGUGAAAGCGGUGGACGGCUACGGCUUCCCGACCCUCGAGGGGCUGGUGGGGCUCUACUCUGACGGCGUGAACGAGAGAGGCUACUUCAUGGCCGUGUUGGAGGCCUCACGGGAGUGCCUCAUGAAGUAUCACGACAAGUUCUCACGAACUGUGCCUAUGGACAACGGACGCAACUGCGACGUGUCAUUCGACAUCUUCGAGUGCAUCUCGGACCGCAUCGGCGAGUACUGCGGCAACGCCGGGCUCUGAUCGACUACCCGCAUACACACGACUACCCGCACGAUGCGUUGUCACGGCGACUGCAAUACCAGACUUUUGAAAUACCAGUAGGUAAUUGAAAAUGAAGGAAUUUGUAAAUAACUAGGCUUUGAUAAAAUUAAAGCUCACUUUCUUCUAAUGAAGUUGACGUUAGAAAAACAUAUAGAUAACUUUCAUAUAUCUGAGAGAUGGAUUUACUUAUUCAUGUUUAUUUAUUUGAAAAAUGCUUUAAAAACUUUCUUUUUUUUAAAUUCUUUAAUAUUUCUCCUUCGUUCCCAUUGUUCCAUGCUAUGUUUACAACGCAUCGUGUGUGUAUUUUCAACUGAAUCAUCAUAAUUAGGGAAGAAUCACUUUCACGAGUAUAUCAAUCAUCAAUGUCGAGUGAAUGAAAUUUCGUCACCUAAGUCUGUUAUUUCUAUUUUUCAAACUGAAGGUAGAGUCGUCUAUCAGUGUGAACAUAAAAUGAGUGGAUCCAGUGAUAAAAGUCAUGGAUAUCCAGUGAUUGUCAUUUUAACGCCCGUAUUCACCAUUACUAUGAGGUCUCACAGUGCACGUGGACGCACAGGGUGACACGCGAACCAAUCACAGAGCUCUAUUCAACGCUGUGCGUUCGAUUUGCUGCUUCACUUAAGCAAGCAUCGUUUGUGACUACGGGCGUAAGUAAAGUACUAACUAUAAAUGAUACUUAUCUUUCUAUCCAGCUAGCGAGGGAUACCUACUUCAUUUUACUAGGUGACAUCAAAUGGACUAGUAUACACGACUUAUUAUACCACCGCAGUAAAGGUGUGAUUUUCUAAAAGUAAUUUUUUUUUACUGUUUCGAAGUAAGUUUUUUUGCUCGAUUUAUUUCUUAUUAAGGCUACCUUCAUUUUAAAAAGCCCAGUUACCAUACAAUAGCUCUCUGUUCGUAUAUCUCUCUAUCCAAACGAGCAGAGAAAACACCUACUAAUAUAAGCGACCUAAUUGUAAGUUGUAUGUAUAUAGAAGGAUAUUAAUUUACUAAAUUGUGAUGCUCAAUAACGUUUAGUUUAUGUAUUUUAAGACCUUUUUUCAAAGUAAAGUUUUCAUGGAUUUUAGAGUCACUUUCACUAGAGCUAGAGCUCUAGGCUUUGACUCUAGCCUCUAUCUAAAUUCGUAGCAGAUUGAAUCUUGGAAUCGCUUCUAUAAAGAUGUUUUUUAUUCUUUAAAUAUUUGGUAAAAGGUGAAAAUAUUUUGGCUAGAAUUGACCCCGGUAUUUGUGUAUUUUAUAAAUUAGAGGAAAAAUUAACGAACUGAUAGAUUAAUUAAUUGUAACUUAGCUAUAAGUUGUCUCUAAUAAAUUACUGUAUAUACUUUAA